UGGGAUUAGCAGGGGCGAAUGAGUUUCUGCUUUACUGGGAUUAGAGAACAAAGGCUAGUCUGAGCAGAGCCAGCAAAAAAAAUCUGCCAAACCGUGCCUACUCUGCAAUCAGGACAAAAAGAUACACCUUCAGCAAAAGACCUCGGAUUGUAAUUCUCAAAAAAUCCAGAAAAUCAAAAAAAUAGAUAUCCGGAUUGCUCUAAAGGAAAAAAAAACUAGGACGUUGGGAAGUUUUUUUUUAUUUUUUUAAACACAAGGAACUCCUGUAUGUUUGUAUGUGUGUGUGUUUUUGGGAAAGAAGAGAUCAGCGCUGUGGUGGGUCGUCUAAAUUUAAAGGUGAUGUGGCUAUCAAUAGCAAUACCAACAAGAAUUGCCCUUUUAUAAUUGCUCCUGAGAAGGUGAUGGUGAGGAGCCUCACUGAGCUGCAGCAGUCUGCGUGGUGAAGACUCUCCACAGUGUUGUUGGGUAAGCAUGGCACAAAGAGGAAAUCUGGAAGAAGGAGCCAGGAGUAAUAACUGUCAUGAACAGCUACUGACGCGUGGAGUUCAGAGCCUCUCGGACAAGAAGGACAUUAUCAGCUGCUUGGUCUCUGCCUUGGACUCGAUGUGCACGGCGCUCUCGAAGCUAAAUGCUGAAGUUGCCUGCAUUGCCGUUCACGAUGAAAGCACGUUUGUCCUGGGAACGGAGAAAGGAAAAGUGUUUCUAAAUGCCCGGAGAGAGCUACAAAAGGAAUUUGUCAAGUAUUGUGCAAGCUGGAACGCACAAUUACGGGGCAUGGAGAUGUUGAAAAUGGUGGCAGAGAAUGGCCGGAACAUGCAGAGGGACUCGCUGGAUCCCAUGAGUGAUGUUUACGUGCUGCGGAAAAUGGUGGAGGAAGUGUUUGCGGUGCUUUACAGUGAAGCCCUGGAAAAGUCCACCAUUGUUCCUGUGCCUUACGAGAAGAUCCUGAAGGACCCGCCUUCUAUAAUUGUACAUGGGUUGCCCGAUGGCGUCUGCUUCAAGCGACCUUCAGAGUACGAAGCCCACACGCUGAAGAGGAUUUUGGAGCGAAGUAACAGGAUUCGGUUUACUGUGAAAAGAUCUUUGGACGAGGACAUCCAGGAGCUGAGGAAUUGUGUGGAGCUGAAUCGGGAAAUGCAGCCCGGAAAAAGCGCCUCUGAUUUUAAUCGGGAGAGUCCCAUGGCUAAACUUUCCAAUCAUGACACGAGCAAUGUACGGACGCCACCACAAUUUCUUUAUGAACUCCCAGGGUCCAGGAUCCCAUUGGAUUUAAACCAGGAACUGCUCACUGCAAGACCCACUACGAACUUUAACCAUGAGCUUUCACCCACGGGAGCCUCAGUCAUGAUGGAUUCGAAGAAGUUGCCACCUGCGCGGGACUGUGCUGAUGAUACUGGUAAAAACACAACAGGGUUUAUUGGUGAACUCAGCAACAUCUCUCAACAUUCACACGUUUCAAAGCGGCUUCUUUUUUCUAUAGUACACGAUAAAGCAGAAAAAUGGAACUUGUACAUAAAAGAAACAGAAGACAUCAAUAUCCUGAGGGAGUGUGUGCAGAUCCUCUUCAACAGCAGAUAUGCCGAGGCCUUGGGCUUGGAUCAUAUGGUUCCUGUCCCAUACAGGAAGAUUGCAUGUGACCCUGAUGCAGUGGAAAUAAUAGGGAUUCCAGAGGGAAUUCCCUUCAAGCGACCUUGUACCUAUGGAGUUCCCAAAUUGAAACGGAUCUUGGAAGCUAGACAUAAAGUUCGCUUUGUUAUUAAGAGGAUGUUUGAUGAACGAGUUUUGACGGGGACAAAAUACAUACGGGAAGGUUCCAAGCAAGAAGGCCACUCCCCUUUGGAUGAGGAGUCCCACAGAGUGAUGGCAAUAGACAUGAACCCCACCAACCACAUCUGCCGGUCUAUGAAGAUAAAAGAAAGUGAAACAGGCACUUCCCUUGAUCUAUCAACUUUGAAAAAAGUAAAAACAGAGCCAGAAGAUGCGGAAAUAAUUCAAAUCACUGUUCAAGAUGCAAAUACAUCCUUGGAUGAUCUCAGUGAAAAUCUCUCAGAUAAGUCAAGCAGUGAUGAGCCUGACAUCCUGGUGGGAUCUCCCUCUGAUUCUGUACAGGAUGACGUUUCUAACCACAAGGACCAACAUGUGGUGAUGGAAGAAGAGUGGAAGAUUGUACAACUGAGGAAACAAGUGGAGAAUCUUUUCAACAGAAAGUACGCUGAAGCAAUGGGAUUCUCUGAUCCAGUGAAAGUCCCAUAUAUGAAAUUCCAGUCCCAUCCUGAAGAUUUCUUUGUUGAUGGAUUGCCGGAUGGUAUUUCAUUCAGGGCACCCAACUGCUUUGGAAUUUCCAAACUUCAGAAGAUUUUGGAAGUGAGUGAGAACAUUCGGUUUAUCAUCAAAAGGCCGCAACUGCUGCUCAGUGAGGUGCAAGACACGUGCAAGGAAAGAACCAGUUCAGGAGGUGGGAGGAAACUGGAACCCCCGGAGGAAAUCCAUGCAGUCACAGGGAGAACAUGCAAACUCCACACGGACAACACUGAAGUUUCAACCCAGGAACCCCGUGACUCAGUGAAAGAUGAAGCAAUGCAGCUGAAGAGACAAAUCCAGACAGGCAGUCCCUUGGGAUCGCGGAUGGUUUGUUUCCACUCCAGUUCUGAAGUGCCUGAUGAAGCCCAUGUGGGACUUGUAGACUCCGCCACAGAAAUGCCAGAUAAAACAACAGUGAAACACCUGACAGGCUCAGAUGGAAAUAAAUCAAACAAUUCCCUUAAUAUUAUUGAAGUGACAAUCCCAGAAAACUAUGAUGCAAAGCUGACCAGAGUGGAUAUUGCCAAUAAUCUACGUGAACAAGUGCAGGACCUGUUUAAUCGUAAAUAUGGUGAAGCUUUGGGUAUUAAGUACCCUGUUCAAGUUCCCUACAAGCGAAUAAAAAGCAACCCAGGCUCAGUUAUAAUUGAAGGGCUUCCGCCUGGCAUUCCGUUCCGAAAACCUUGUACAUUUGGAUCCCAGAAUUUGGAGAGAAUCUUGGCUGUGGCUGACAAAAUCAAGUUCACUAUAACCAGGCCUUUCCAGGGAUUGAUCCCCAAACCUGCACCCAGGCGAAUAACAUCACUAGAAAAAGCAUAUGCUGCUUUACAGGAGGAUGAAGAGGCAAACCGACUUGGAGAAAAAGUAAUCCUCAGGGAGCAAGUAAAGGAGUUAUUCAAUGAAAAAUAUGGAGAAGCUCUUGGACUGAAUCGACCAGUUUUGGUACCAUACAAGUUGAUCCGAGAUAAUCCAGAGGCCAUUGAAGUCACAGGACUACCAGAUGAUGUCGCCUUCAGGAACCCAACUACCUACGAUCUUAACAGGCUAGAGAAAAUCCUGAAAGUCAGAGAUCGAAUUAGGAUGAUUAUUAAAAGUCAAUUACAGCCUUUUGCAGAAAUUUGCAAUGAAGCAUCUAAAUCAGCAUCCAAACCAGAGGCGGUGCACAAACGAAAGAGAAGAAGAGUGUCAGAAGGGAAUGUCAUACCAUCAUCUUCAGGCAUGGAAGCAGGAGUAUCGCCAAAUCCCGUCUCCCUUGUGCAAUGGCCGAUGUACCUGGUGGACUAUGGUGCAGUCAACAUGCAGAUCCAAGGGCCUGUAAAUUUUUAAGCAGCACCUUUCUUCAAACCAAGCAUGACUGAAAAUAAGAAUAUGUAAUUAUGUACCAUAAUUGUAUAGUAUAAACUGUAAUAUUUCCUUCUAGAAUGCAUCCUGAUUUUUACACUGUCUCCAUGUGAUCAAGGGCUUUAAAUAAAUGUGUUGCCUUGCAUUCAAGCA